AUGCCUCCAAGAGAAUCUACGAAGAAGUGGAAAGCACCAAAAGGUCCAAAACCUAUUCAACGCAAAAACAAAAACACGAUUGGGCUUGGUAGAGCCAUUCAAAGUGCUCGUUCGAAGGAAAAUGAAAUACAAGUUUUGCCAGAUGGUGAAAUGCGAUUCACGACCGACAAACAUGAGGCCAACUGGGUUAAGCUGAGAUCUGUCACUCAGGAGUCGGCUCUGGAUGAGUUCCUCAACACCGCCGAACUUGCCGAUAAAGACUUCGCGGCUGACAGACACUCUAAUGUCAAGAUCAUUAGAAUGGACGCUGGCAGCGACUCAAGGUCCCAGGGAGUAUCGUUGAGUAAUGCCCAAAAGCAGAAGCUGAAUGAGCAACAAAGAAAACAAGCGGCCAACCUCAUUGUUCCAAGGAGGCCCGCGUGGGAUGAAAAUAUGACGAGGUUUCAGUUGGAGAGGCAGGAGAAAGAGGCCUUUUUGGACUGGAGGCGCAAACUGGCCACUCUCCAGGAAACUAAUGAGGAUCUUCUUUUGACGCCUUUCGAGAGAAACAUCGAGGUCUGGAGACAACUGUGGAGAGUCAUUGAAAGAUCGGAUUUGGUAGUACAAAUUGUGGAUGCUCGUGAUCCAUUGCUCUUCCGUUCAAGAGAUUUGGAGCUGUAUGUUAAGGAACUACACGAAGGAAAGCAAAACUUACUGUUGGUGAACAAAGCUGAUCUUCUCACGCGCAGACAGAGAAUCAUAUGGGCAAAAUACUUUAUUUCCAGAGAUAUCUCCUUCACAUUUUUCUCUGCGGCGAGAGCAAAUGAAAUAUUAGAGAAGCAGAAUGAGCUUGGUGACGAAUAUAUUCAUAAGGAAAUCGAAGAGGAGGAGGUUACAGAAAUUGACGGCGAGGAAGUCGACCUCGAAGUUUUGGAGAAGAUUCAAAUUUUGAAGAUCGACCAGCUAGAGAAAUUAUUUCUCUCAAAAGCUCCAAAGCAGCCACUGCAUACGCCUCUGCCAGGUCAAGAUCCUAUAAUUCAAAUUGGUCUGGUGGGUUAUCCUAACGUAGGUAAGUCUUCGACCAUCAACGCGCUGGUUGGCGCUAAAAAGGUGUCGGUGUCUGCAACUCCUGGUAAGACUAAGCACUUUCAGACGAUUAGACUGUCGGAUCGGGUAAUGCUAUGCGAUUGUCCCGGUUUGGUGUUCCCUAACUUCGCGUACAACAAGGGUGAGCUUGUUUGCAAUGGUGUCCUGCCAAUUGACCAGCUUCGAGACUACAUUGGUCCUUGCAGUUUGGUGGCUGAAAGAAUUCCCAAGUAUUUCAUUGAAGCCACAUAUGGUAUACAUAUACAAACAAAGUCAGAAGAAGAGGGUGGCAACGGUAUCCCAACUGCCCAAGAAAUUUUAGUCGCGUAUGCAAGAGCUCGUGGCUACAUGACACAAGGGUUUGGUGCUGCAGACGAAUCUCGGGCAAGCAGAUAUAUUUUGAAAGACUAUGUGAAUAGCAAGCUUCUUUACGUCAAUCCUCCCCCUCACAUGGACGAUGAUUCUCCGUAUACAAAAGAAGAAUGUGAGCAGUUUAACAAGGAACUGUACACUUUUGAUAAACUUCCUCAAUCGAGACAGGAACAGCUCGCUGAAGCGGCAAAGGGCAAGCAUAUUCAGACACUAGAUUUAGCUCGUGAUCUGAGCAAACUGACAUUUUCCGCCCAUAUCGGUAAGGAGGGUGAAGGUACGGAGGCAAAAUCUGUAAAUUAUGGUGGUAAGCAAGCUGCUCUGUACAACGCCGCUGAAGACCUUGAUAGAGAGUUUUUCAAGAUGAACAAUGUACAAGGGCAACUGUCUAAUCCUUUUCAUAAGGCUCAAAAAGAUGCUGGCGAUGGAAAGAAGCACAACAAAAAGAACAAAAAGGGCAAAAGGAAAGCAUUGUUAUCAGCAGAAUAA